AUGCACCACUUGCCACAAGUUUCAAAGAUCUUCAUUUUGAAUCAAAAUAGAGUAAAGAAAACCCCUUCUUUGACAGAGAAUGCAAAGAAGAGUGAGGAUGAUGACAGCAGAAGCUCUAUACGGCCUCCGGUGUUUAGAUUUUUGGUGGCUAAACUAGGAGAAUUCGAAGGGAAAAUUAUGAAUGAAGAUAAGCGUGAGAUGAACAAACUGAUCAAAUCUGAUAUCACUAUUCAUUUCAAGCAAAUAGAAGACUCUGAGGAUAACAACAAACACAAGAACAAUUCCCCUGGCGAAUGAGAGAGAGAAGGAUAAAUGGUACUAGUAGCGGCCCCAAAGUAGAGGUUACAUAACAAGAGGAAGAAGAGCAUGCCGAGGCCUAAGCAACAAAUCACUCGGGACAAAAAUAAGAAAUCAGAUGCUUUUAUAGAGAAGAUGCGAAAAAGCUUAGCCUAUAACCAAACAAACGAUCCCCUUCUCCUAUCUUGCAUUUUUAUGUACAAUAGAAGAAGAAACAACAUACACCCUGGGAUGCAAAUGCAAUGA